UCAGUCAAGAUCCAUGUAUGGACCUCCACUCUCAAGCACAGUCAAGCAAUCUUACAUGUUCCCGUGAGAUGCAGAGCACACUACAUUUUAGUUUUAUAUAUACUCCGAUAAGAUAAACGAUAUCAUUUUUUUCGUUUUGCAACUAAUUAUAAUCUCAUAACCACCUUCUAUCCGGUGUGUCCUGUGGUAGGUAUACACAGCGAUUCUACCCCCUCUCGCGCGUUCCCCUUUGUUUUUGCACUUAUAUGUGGCUAAAUAAAUUCUGAUAUUGCUCCGUCCGUCCCCAUUCCUAGGGUGUAAUCUUCCACUUGCGCCACCCACAAAGGGGAGAACAUGAGCAAAAACAUGUUACCCUCGGAAAAUCCUAUGCAGCAAAUCUCGCUCGAGCAGAUUUUGCCUCCUUGCAUCCUCCUAUGGGCCAGCAAUGUUGCCAAGGGUCCAUACCUCCCUCCCUGUAGAGCCUAACACAUGAAACCGUGUAGAGACAUUGGUUUGGCACAAUCCAAGGUUAAUUUUUCCUGGUGUUUGUAAGCUUAUUAUGUAAUUGUUCUUCUUAUUAAGUUUGCACUGUUGAUACUCCUAUACAACGUUGCCUGCAUAUGACUAGGACAUUUGCAUCUCUCCUUUCUCUCCCCCGUCUCCUUGCGCUCUUCUCGGUUCACCCCCGGCCAGGGUUUUGGCCCUUCCCUGCUGUAUAUAUCUAUAGCUCGUUUCCUUCCCUAGUGGAGUUUGGUGUUAUAACCCCAUAACCAGAACACUGCGGUUAUACCCCCCUCUCAUUCCCUUUCUUUGCACUUAUAUGUGGCUAAAUUCCGACAUUGCUCCUCCCGUCCCCAUUCCUAUGGUGUAAUCUUCCACUUGCGCCACCCACCAAGGGGAGAACAUGAGCGAAAAUCGUCUCCCAUGUCACCCCAGAAAAAUCCCGCAUAGCAAAUCUCGCUCGAGGAGAUUGCCUCCUCCUUCUUGUUUACGUGCCGCGCCCUCCAUUGCCCUUGCAUCCUCCCACAGGCCAGCAAUGUUGCCAAGGGCAACGCAAAACGGUGCCCUGCCACCGACCAAUCGUUAUGUUGCCCAACACAAAAUGGCAGGACCAGCGAAGGCAACACGUUUCGGAGGAGCGUCAUCUUGAUUUAUUGGCGGCUAAAAAUUCUUCAGCAUUGUGCACACAUCGCUGGAGGUCCACAUGUGCCGCACCAUCGACGGGACCCACGUGCACAGUAGAACUAACAAAAACUCUAAUUUACUGGGUGUACAGAGAUGCAAGAAGUCUUGAUCCUUCGACCAAGCGACCCGAAGGCAUCAUUGGCUAUCCACGCCUCCUCUACCCCGAACCGGUAGUAGGCCUAGGUCAGCUCCCACUCGAGCCAUUAGGACCAUCAGACCAACAGAAAAUUAUUCACACCACAUAAUCCGAGACACGGGUAGUGUAGAUAGAACAACAUUCUUCUUCUAUUUUCUUCCCCACUUUUCUUCACUACGACCACUUUUCCGAAUAAGAUCGUGUCGGGGUCAUGCAUUCUCUCUGGUCCCUUUCACUCUGCAUAUUAGAUUUCUCAUAAGUCAAAGUUUGUAAACAUUGACCAAAUUUAUUUUAAAAUUUAUCAACAUCUACUAUACCAAAUAAAUAUAAUAUGAAAAUGAGAGCGGUUUUUUGUAGGACGGGCUACACGGUACCCUCUAUCAUAGCCGUCCAAUCUGGGCUCUAGUGUAUUUGGAUGUGUGCCUAGAUUUGAAAAUCGGCAGGUGCAUGUGGACUAGCUGUCUCAUAUGUCCAUGGUCCGUCAGAGCUUGCUAGUAAUUAACAGAGGAGGAGCAGUGCACUCCUUGCUACAGUGGUCAUAUGUUUGUCUGUGCACUUUCUCACCUUUAAACGACAAAUUAUUAUUUUUCACUCACGCACGUCACCUCUCUCUCUCUUCUCAUUUCUCUCACACAACACUCAUGUCCCACAUCAAUGUACUUAUAUUCUAUGAUGGAUGUACUUAUAUUGAUUCUGCGUUAUGAAUGUCAAUGUUUUUGUAUAAACAUGGUCGAACUUCAAAGACUUUGAAUUCAGACAAAUCUAAUAUUCAGAGUAAAAAGGAACGAAGGGAGUACCAAUUGCCAUUGUUAGGGUUGGGCUGGAAGAACAUGUUGCUUAGGGUUGCAUUGAGCAUCGAGUGUUGAUCCUAGGAUGGCAUUGGUGGGCUGGAGUAGACCACGAGAUAGGCCUACGUCGGAGCACCGGAAAGGUGGGCAACACAUCGCCCAUGUUGGGUGGGUAGGGAGAACCCACGGGCCGCGCCACUAGCAAGGAGGGAAGGAAGCACCCCAAGACACGUAGUAGCCAGUCCACGACUGCUAAUGUGGAUGUCACGGGCCGCCGUUUCAAUUGCGUUCACUGUGAUCACGUCCACGGUCGUGACACCGACCACGUCCAUGGUUGAAGGAGUUCAAGCCAUGGUUAGAUCGGAAGCGGGCGGCCUGGAAAGAGGAGGGCGCGGUAACCACGAGGUUGCCGGAGUGUGUGUCUUUCUCGGAGUCGGAGCCAGUGUUAGUGGAGUUGUAGUUGCUGACGAUGAGAGCAAAGGUGUCCUUUGCACGUUCGCUCUAACCUAGUGUGAUAUCCUUGAGAAGUACCUAAAAGUGUGCCUGGACAAAAGAGGGGAAUGACUUGCAUUGGGAGAACGGUGGCCAUCACCUCAUAGCGGCGGCUCAGGACACAAAUCAUCUGGAAGGUGGUCAUUGACUUGUUGGAGACCGAUCUGUCGAUGCCGGAGAGGGCACCAACGAGGGUCUUGAGUCGGAGACAAUAGGUGGAGACAAUAGGUGGCAAUGCCCUCCGUGUGCCACUUGGCAUCCUCAAGGUGCAGAUCAGACUUGAGCUCACCUGUUGGAGGUAGUUGAACUUGGUGAGGACAAUCGAGAAUAGAUUCUUCAAUUUCUUGUAGUUGUUGGCUGCCAUGUUUGAGCUUGUAUGGAUGUAAUUGGCUAUCUUGAUGUGAUGCAUAGAGGGGGGGCGAGAUGGGAGGGGGGAUGAAGAAAAAACCCUUACCUCCAUGGAGGCACCAUUGCAGGACUUGGUGGUGCCCAGAACGUCAUAGGUGGCUGCACAUGAACUGUAGUUCUUUGUGGAGAGGGAAAGGAUCGAGGGCUUUGAUUACCAAUGAAGUGUGUGAAUCACGGUACUUGUAUUCAUCACUAGGUUGUCUAUGCAUGUGCAAUACAUAACUAACUGUAAUGAAGAGGGCACUAGGCGCGGGAGCAUGGCAUAUGUGGGUGCAGCAGCCGGGCGCGUGCCAUGUGUAAGACCUAGGCCAGGUUAUGCGGGGACAUGGUGAUCGAAGUAGUCAUUUGAACAGAUCAAACCGAAUGUUUAUGAAAGUCUGAAGGGCUUGCUUACGAUUAUGUCUUCCAUCACGCCAUUUUCAGUCAUCCUUCUCGGUCUAUCACAAGCAUCUUGUGAUUUUGAUAUAUGGUAUACACACUGAAUGAACAAUUGACUGUUGCGAGAAGAAUGAAGUCGACGUGAAUACAUGGUUUGUUUUUCAGUUUCAUUUUUAUUUAUUGAGUCAUAGGGAAAACCGUACUAGUAAGGUGUGUUGGGGGGGGGGGGGGUCCAAGUUACAGUGAUAAUUAGGUUGUCGUUGUUGCUCAAUCCAAAACCUAUUUCUUCGUGUGAAGAAAAGAGAAAUCUCAAUGUGCUGAGUGAUUGUUCUAUGAGUUAAGAGACAAAGUUCUUCGGGACUGAGAGAGAAAGAAUCACUGGCAAUGAGUCCACUUGACUUGUUCCUCAAGUGAAGUCGUGGGAUAAUUUGAAAUCCCACCAUUAUGCCACAUGUCGGUUGGCCGUUAGGUGGCGCGAACCCCUAUUGGUUAUUUUGCAUCCACCUCGGGGUUGCUCAAGCUAUAAAUAGUUGCUCCUCCCCAACCUCCAACGGCUGGCUGAUCCAUUUGAGUUAGCAAGAGUUUGCUGAGCACCCCAAUCCACUAAGAGAAUUGCUAGAAUACAAAGAGAGAAUCCAAAGCCUAAAAUAUGUUAAGUCAUUGAGCAUCACGAUGAAAUAGAUUGAAGUGUAGUUUGUGUCUAUUACUCUUGUGGACUGUGCAUCCACUCGACGGUUAGGCGUCGGUCUGAGCAACCAAGAGUCAUUGUGGUUUGCCAAGGACAAGUAUGUGAAGGUUUGGAGACUGUCUGGAAGAAUCUAAUGGAAGUAAUUUAGUGUUGUAGAUAUUGAUAUACUUUUCUAUAAAAUUGAUCAAACACAUCAAAUUAUAGUCAAACCUAGCUAAAACUUCAAUUAACUUGGAACAAAGAUAGUAUGUCCUUUUUCCACACAAGUCCACAAUUUAUUUUUGAGUGGCACACCAGUCCACAAUUGACGAAAAUGGUGGCGACUCGGAUGUGCAUGACGAAUCGGACAUAAUGUACGCUGUGGAGGAAGUUGAAUCCGCGGGGGAAAAUGAUGUUAGCAGCAGAGGAGCAAAGCGACGGUGUACACAGGCGUAAGUUUCUAGAUUUGCAGAGCAGCACAGGCGCCCAAUGUUCGUCCUAGUCUGCUAGUUAGGCAGGGCACUCUUCUUUCAGUUCUUUGUGGUGUCCGUCCUAACGCAAGCAAGAAUUCGAGAGUGCGUUAACAAGUGUGAUGCCAUGAUGCCCAGUGUGUAUGUGAUGCUUUCCGAUUGUCAACUUGAGUUCCUUGUGUAUUUAAGCUUAAAAAGCUUUUCUGAUUUGUCAUCCUGGAUUGGAAUACACAACACUCCGUAAUGUAGAAUCUGUUUGGAGGAGGAACGUUCUAUCUCUGGCUGACGGACAGUGGUUUGUUUUGCGAUUAGAAACAACUGUUAGGCACGUAUUAAAAACAUGUUGCCGCUGUUGUUUAAGUUGACUCGUGUUUGAUGUUUACGUACGGGCCAAUGGUCAUUAAGAUAGAACAAAGGGCUACAGGAUGAUGGGGUCAAUUAUAGAAAGCUAAGAGGAGUUGCAUUAAAUUCAUGGUUGGCCGGGUGCGUGUGAGUGCGACGCAGACGGCUCAGGCUGGUUGUAAUGGUGAGUACUACGUUCGUAAUGCAUAGUAUCAUAAGUUAGUAUUUUAAGGUUGCCUUAUUAAUUGUCAUGCAUGACACAAAAUAGUACAAUAUUUAAUAUAAUACGGUAUCAUGAUAUGAUACCACACUCUCUCUUUUCUUGUUUAAUUAUGUGCCAUAUCAUCUAAAAAAUCUAGUUGACAUACAUGAUACCAUUUAUAAUACUUCCAUUACGACCAGCCUCAGUCUGGCUCACGAAAUUGGCUGAGCCGUGGGCGGAUUAGCUGUUUCGCCUGUACGAGCUGCCAUCAUAUUUAAUGCGCCUACACGACCUGGCCAUUUUUACUACGAUACCUAAGCUAUACGGAGAGAAAAUACCACGGACAGCAUAGAUCCCCAUGCUAUUGGACGAUGCUGAUUUCGGGAUCAUAUGAGCCCGGACUCAGAAACGAAUAUCCGUUUUUCCUUCUCCUUCUCUCUUCUAUUUCAGCUUCCACUCUCCCCUCUUGGUUGGUGUAGACUCUCUCUUGUGCAUGACCUCUUCCUCUACAUGUGUGAAGCUUAGCUCAAACCUAUGUAUGCACGAGAGAGGAGGAUGAAGUAGUGUAUCAUCCAAAGUAGACACACAUAAAUGAUAGAGUUCACCCUAGUACCUAUGAUGCGCGUGUCACUUGGCAAUUGAGCCAAGGUCACGGUAGUGAGAGAUGUGGUCUUGAGAGAGUCUUCUUCAAUCCAAAGGAUGUGAAGGUCUUGAUAAUUAAAGUAGAGGAUUCUUCCCUUUUGAGCGGUCUUGAUCCUUUAAGAGAAGAUAAGAUGAGCAAAGCUCUCACAAGAUCCAUUCAUAUUCUUUGCUAACCCUUGUGAAGAGGUGGGAUGAAGUUAUAUAUGGUCCUAGCCACGAAGAGGUAGAUGGGGUAGGCGAGAGAGAGGAUAGAUGGCCCGUGGACCUCUCACUGCGUGCAGGCAGGACAUAGCCGGACAGUCUGACGUGGUUGCUCGAAUGGAGGCUAGCGCACGCUUCAGAUGUUGGAGCAGAGAUAAGGGGCUGCACAGUCCGGCUAGCCAGAAAAAGUCGCCAUACAGAAAGUUAGACGGGAAUUUUGUCCGGUCUGCGUUUUCCGGUGUGGAGGUUUUAAAGGCCUCUAGCUGGACAGUCCGGCUGCCUGAUUCCAGUUGGCUUCUUUCUCCUUCUUCAUCUCUCUUGUAUUUCCACUUCAACGCUUCCCCCUUGGCAGCGAUUGAGCCAAGGUCACGGUAGCGAGAGAUGUGGUCUUGAGAGAGUCUUCUUCAAUCCAAAGGAUGUGAAGGUCUUGAUAAGGAGGAUUCUUCCCUUUUGAGUUGUCUUGAUCCUUUAAGAGAAGAUAAGAUGAGCAAAGCUCUCACAAGAUCCAUUCAUAUUCUUUGCUAACCCUAGUGAAGAGGUGGGAUGAAGUUAUAUAUGGUCCUUGCCAUGAAGAGGUAGAUGGGGUAGGCAAGAGAGAGGAUAGAUGGCCCGUGGACCUCUCACUGCGUGCAUGCAGGACAUAGCCGGACAGUCCGACAGGGUUGAUUGAAUAGAGGCUAGCACACGUGUCAGAUGUUGGAGCGGAGAUCAGUGGCCGGACAGUCCGGCUAGCCAGACAAAAAGUUGCCGUAUAGAAAGUCAAAGAGAACUUUUGUCCGGCUUGCUGAAAUUCAGAUAGACAUCAGCUGCUGUGCGUGCAUUGGCCUGUAGUUCAAAUUUGGAUAGACAUUCGGAUGUACCUUGAGCCUGGAAGAUUGACAUUCAGAUGUUGUUUUGUUUAGAUAAACAUCAGCGUGGCAAGUUCAGUUUAUCUUGAGCUCGAAAGAUUGCCAUUCAGAAGUCGAUUUGUUUAGUUUAUCUGAACUACGGCAAGUUGUUUUGGUCGCCAGCAGACACCGUAGUUCAUUGGUUUGUGGUUGUGUGCAGUUCGGCUACCCGACAGAUCAGGACUUGGCGCACACCAUAGACAUGGUCGUUGGCGUCAAGGACCCAGAGCAGGCGGUCGGACGAGGGUGGUCGGCGGCAGAAACUCCGAGCCAUGCUUGGGGGGUGAUAAUGGUGGGAGGAGGAGAACUAACAUUUUUGGUGCACUAUUAUAGGGCAGCCGUUGGAGACGGCACUUGCUCAUGCCCAAAAAAUAUAUAUAUCAGUUUUGGUGCCCGUUUAUGUUUUUUACAACACCCUCUUUUGAUGCCCUAAAAUAGGGCAGCUAUUGGAGAUGCUCAUAGCAUGAUAUAUAGAUCAAAUCGCAGUAUUAGCCCUUUCUAUGAGCUCACAUCGUAACCUUCUCUGACCAAACUGCAGGAAGCACGAAGAGAUGGGCUAGAGAUAUGUUCUUUUGCAUGUUCGAAUCAUCUCCUACAUAUUUGAUUCCUUUUUUUUUAUCAUACCAAUAAGUUAGGGCCUCCUUUUUGAAUCAUCUCCUACAUAUUUGCAUGUUUGAAUCAUCUCCUACAUUUUUGGGGUGUUAGGGCCUCCUUUGAUUCAUAUGAUACGAAUUUCAUAGAAAUAAGAAAAUCAUAGGAAGUGAGAUGUCAAGCAUCUCAAUUUCUAUAGAGAAAAAUAUGUCAUUUGAUACAUAGGAUAGAAAAUUUUUCAUUGAGUCUAGGCUAAUACUUUUUUUCUUUUGAAAUGUGAAGGAUUUGUUCUUAUCCUACACAGGAAUAGGAAUCCAUUCCUACAAACCAAAAGGCUUCAUAGGAAUUUUUCCUUUGAAAAUCCUACCCUAUGAAAUUCCUACAAGAUUACUACUCCCUCCGUUCCCAAAUAUAAGUCUUUCUAGAGAUUUCAAUAAGUGACUACAUACAGAGCAAAAUGAGUGAAUCUACACUUUAAAAUAUGUCUACAUACAUCCGUAUGUUGUAGUUCAUUUGAAAUGUCUAAAAAGACUUAUAUUUAGGAACGGAGGGAGUACAAACUAAAGGAGGCAUAGAUGUUUAGAAGGCCUCUAGCCGGACAGUCGUCCACAACUGAGCUGUUUAUUUUUUUCCUGCAUAUGGGCUGUUGGGCUCGUAAAAGACCAGGGCCUGUUAGCAAUAAAACAGAGUGCUCCUUCCUCCCCGUGCCCCCGUUCCCCUUUCCAUUUCGACCGGCGGCGGCGGCGGUCGGCGGCGGCAGCGAAAGCACAGCUCGUCCCCACCACUUCCAUUUCGAGCUAAGCCCCACAGGCCAAGAGAUGGCGGCCGUGCUUCGUUCCGCGACUAGAAGGUUGGCCGGCCAUCUGCCGGCGCUUGAGAGGGGCCACAUCCAGCUCCCAGGGGCUUCCUUCGAUCCACUCAAGGGCCACUGCUCAGCCCACUCUGGUUUCACUUCCCACUGCUCACCCCAGACGGCUGCACUACAUGGCGGUGCUUUCAGGCCAGCUCGCAUCGCACCAAGCAGCAACCCCGUGGGCUCUAUGUGCACACGCAUGUUCUCUACGCCAGCUGGUGGCUCUGCCCGGCCACCGCAGGACAAGUUUUGGUUUGAGGUGGUGGUGCAUAGGACACCGUGCCCAGAAAAUCCCCGUCCUUGCCUUUACCGUAAAAGGUUCUACAAUGUUGACAAAGAUAAGGCCGAAUUAAUCUUCAGACACUUUUUGAGCAGGGUAAAUCAAGAUUCAAAGGCCGCCGCUAGUGACUCGCUAAAGUCGCGUUUCACCAAGCUUAAGUUUAUCGUGACAGAUAAGCUUUAUCUUGUUUUGGUUGGAGCCGCUUUAAAAUCUGGAAAGAUGCAGCUUCUUAUCGUCUGUGCUUUGUUCUACGUACUCUUUCUGAGGGCACCAUCUUUUAUGCGAAGAAUGGCGAGGGUUGCUGCACCACCUGCCAAAGGGAAUGAGUCAGAGUGAUGGUUAUUUUUGUUGGUGCUCUGUAUUGGUGGAACUUUAUUUGUGAACCUUCUUCUGUACCUUAGGUGCUACUUGGUCUGCAUGUGUGAGACUUCAUUUGUGAACCUUCUCUGUACCUUAGUUGCUACUUGGUCUGCAUGUGGACUUUAUUUGUGAACCUUCUCUGUACCUUAGUCGCUACUUGGUCUGCAUGUGUGAGACUUUAUAUGUGAAGCUUCUCUGUACUUAGUUGCUACUUGGUCUGCAUGUGAGACUUUAUAUGUGAAGCUUCUCUGUACUUA